UCUGCGGUUCUCUCCCUGCUGGGGGCUGCACAGGAAUGGGGCAUCUCUGGGAGUUCUUGUCCCAGGCGGCCAGUGGGCGCCCCCUAGGGGGACUACUGACCACUCGUGACACCCCCAGUACCUGGUCAUGGAGUACUACGUGGGCGGGGACCUGCUCACGCUGCUGGGCAAGUUCGGGGAGCGGAUCCCGGCGGAGAUGGCCCGCUUCUACCUGGCCGAGAUCGUCAUGGCCAUAGACUCGGUGCACCGGCUAGGCUAUGUGCACAGAGACAUCAAGCCCGACAACAUCCUGCUGGACCGCUGCGGCCACAUCCGCCUGGCCGACUUCGGCUCCUGCCUCAAGCUACGGGCGGACGGAACGGUGCGGUCGCUGGUGGCUGUGGGCACCCCAGACUACUUGUCCCCCGAGAUCCUGCAGGCCGUGGGCGGCGGGCCCGGGCCAGGCAGCUACGGGCCCGAGUGUGACUGGUGGGCGCUGGGCGUGUUCGCCUAUGAAAUGUUCUAUGGGCAGACGCCCUUCUACGCCGACUCCACUGCGGAGACCUACGGCAAGAUCGUCCACUACAAGGAGCACCUGAGUUUGCCGCUGGCCGACGCGGGGGUCCCUGAAGAGGCUCGAGACCUCAUCCGGCGGCUGCUGUGUCCUCCAGAGACACGGCUGGGCCGGGGCGGAGCAGGCGAUUUCCGGAAGCAUCCUUUUUUCUUUGGCCUCGACUGGGAUGGUCUCCGUGACAGCGUGCCCCCCUUUGCACCGGAUUUUGAGGGUGCCACUGACACAUGCAACUUCGACGUGGUGGAGGACGGGCUCACUGCCAUGGUGAGCGGGGGCGGGGAGACCCUGUCAGACAUGCAGGAAGGUGUGCCACUGGGGGUUCACCUGCCUUUCGUGGGCUUCUCCUACUCCUGCAUGGCCCUCAGGGACAAUGCCGUCCCAGGCCCCAUGCCCAUGGAACUGGAGGCUGAGCAGCUGCCUGAGCCACCCGUGCGAGCGCCCAGCCUGGAGCCCACGGGGUCUCCACCGGAGGAAACAGCUGAAGCGGCAGUUCCCGCGGCCGUCCCGGCGGCAGAGGCCGAAGCCCAGGCGGAGAAGGUGACGCUGCGCGAGCUGCAGGAGGCCCUGGAGGAGGAGGUGCUCAGCCGGCAGAGCCUGAGCCGGGAGCUGGAGGCCAUCCGCGCGGCCAACCAGAACUUUCCAGCUGUCACGGGGGUCCCCAGUCCCCGGGCCACGGAUCCACCUUCCCAUCUAGAUGGCCCCCCGGCCGUGGCUCUGGGCCAGUGCCCGCUGGUGGGGCCAGGCCCCCUGCACCGCCGCCACCUGCUGCUCCCUGCCAGGGUCCCUAGGCCUGGCCUUCCGGAGGCGCUUUCCCUGCUCCGGGUCGCCGCUGCUCUGGCUCGUGCCGCCGCCCUGGGCUGCGCUGGGCUGGUGGCCCAC